AUGGCCACGUCCACCCUGUCCGUCUGCUCCAGCGACCGGAGCUACGGCGGCCGCGUCUGCCUGCCCGGCUCCUGUGACUCCUGCCCCGACUCCUGGCAGGUGGACGACUGCCCAGAGAGCUGCUGCGAGCCCCCCUGCUGUGCCCCCACCUGCUGUGGCCCCAGCUGCUGCGCCCCAGACUCUUGCCUGACCCUUAUCUGCACCCCUGCAAGCUGUGGGUCCAGCCCCUGCCAACUAGCCUGCACCAGCUCCUGCCAGCCCUCCCCCUGCAGCUCCUCCCCCCACUGCUGUGUGUCUGUCUGCUGCACCCCCGUAUGCUGCACCGCUGUCUGCUGCCAGGCCUCCCCCUGCACAGGCUCCUCAUGCUGCCAGCAGUCUAGCUGCCAGCCCUCCUGCUGCAGCUCCUCUCCCUGCCAGGAAGACUGCUGCACCCCUGUCUGCUGCAAGCCUGUCUGCUGCACCCCUGUCUGCUGCACCCCUGUCUGCUGCACCCCUGUCUGCUGCAAGCCCGUCUGCUGCACCCCUGUCUGCUGCAAGCCCGUCUGCUGCACCCCUGUCUGCUGCACCCCUGUCUGCUCUGGGCCCUCCCCCUGCUCCGCCUCCUCCUGCUGCCAGCCCAGCCCCCGCUCCUCGUCCUGCUGCAGACCGUCCUCCUGCGUGUCCCCGCUCUGCCGCCCUGUGGGGUCCCGCCAGGCCUGCUACGUGCCCACCUCAGCCCAGAAGUCCUGCUGCUGA